GUAUUAUUCCUAGACCAAAUGAACCAAGUAAACAUCAAAUUAAUAACUAUCUUGCACCAAUUGUUGAUGAGUUAGUUGAAUUUUUUAAGGCAAAUGAUGUUCCUGUUGCAAGAAAGAUUAGUGGUCAUACAAGUUAUGCUGUGAAAUAUUAUCGGUGUUCAAAACAUGCAAAAUAUAACAAUAUAUCCAAGAGAAAUUACUAUGGCAGUUUUGAUGAUAUGGAUGAAUGGUUUAAAGAAGUUGAUAUUUUUGAAUAUUUUGAAGUAGCAAAACAGUGA